AUGCUCCCUUCAUUAUCCUUCUCACUCCACACCCCAAUCCUUCAUCAUCAUCACCAUCCUCUUCUCUCAUCCAAACGCACCCAAUAUUCCCCGUUCACUCUCACUUCCCCUCUCACCCACUCCUUCCUCCGCCCUCCUCCGCUUCACCCUCCGCCAACCACCCUCUCUCCCGCCGCCAAACCCGACAAGUCCGACGAACAAAAGUGGGUCCACGAAGGCCUCAUCAUCGAGUCCCUCCCCAACGGCAUGUUCCGCGUGCGCCUCGACAACCAGGACAUGAUCCUCGGCUACAUCUCCGGCAAAAUCCGAAAAAACUACGUUAGGAUCCUUCCCGGCGACAGAGUCAGAGUCGAGGUAAGUCGCUACGACUCCUCCAAAGGACGCAUCGUUUAUAGGCUCCGAACCAGCACCCCCUCUUAG